GGCCUGGGCCUCCUGCUGCUGACCCAGCCCCGGAGGCGUUAGCGAGAGCCCUGCGCCAUCCAUCACCCCAAAGACCACCCCUCCUGCCAGGGGCUUGGAGCUGGCGAGUGACUAUGCGGCUUGGGCUGUGUGUGGUGGCCCUCAUUCUGAGCUGGAUGCAUCUCACUGCUGGCAGCCGGGGGAUCAAGGGGAAGAGACAGAGGCGGAUCAGUGCCGAGGGGAGCCAGGCCUGCGCCAAAGGCUGCGAGCUCUGCUCUGAGGUCAACGGCUGCCUCAAGUGCUCACCCAAGCUGUUCAUCCUGCUGGAGAGGAACGACAUCCGCCAGGUGGGCGUCUGCUUGCCGUCCUGCCCGCCUGGAUACUUCGAUGCCCGCAACCCCGACAUGAACAAGUGCAUCAAAUGCAAGAUUGAGCACUGCGAGGCCUGUUUCAGCCACAACUUCUGCACCAAGUGUAAGGAGAGCUUGUACCUGCACAAGGGCCGCUGCUACCCAGCCUGCCCCGAGGGCUCCGCAGCUGCCAACGGCACCAUGGAGUGCAGCAGUCCUGCACAAUGUGAAAUGAGCGAGUGGUCCCCGUGGGGGCCCUGCGCCAAGAGGAAGAAGCUCUGUGGUUUCCGGAGGGGCUCUGAGGAGCGGACGCGAAGGGUGCUCCACGCGCCAGGGCGGGACCACGCCGGCUGCUCCGACACCAAAGAGAUCCGGAGGUGCACAGUGCGGAGGACGCCCUGUCCUGAGGGGCAGAAGAGGAGGAAGGGAGGCCAGGGCCGGAGGGACAAGGCCAACAGGAACCCGAGCAGGAAGGAGAGCAAGGAGGCAGGCACCGGCUCUCGGAGACGCAAGGGCCAGCAGCAGCAGCAGCAGCAGCAGCAGCAGCAGCAGCAGGGGACAGUGGGGCCGCUCACAUCUGCAGGGCCCACCUAG